GCCGUCGCCGUGUAAUCAACCAGCAGCCAACACACAUUGCCAUCGCCGGCCGGUGUGUUCAGCUUGCUCCCAGUCCCAGUACAAGUACAGUACGUUCAAAGCCAUGGCGGACGGCGACCAGAACCAGCAGCCGCCGCGCUACUGGUUCCCCUACUGGAGCCCGGUGCGCCCGCAGCUGUCGCGCCGCCUCUCCCCGCCCUCCUCGCCCGCAGUGCCGUCCUCGCCGCGCCGCCCGUCGCCCUCCCACCCACGCCAACCCACUCCUCCUCGUGCGGCCCACAGCCAGGCGUCCUCCCGCCCGUCCCCGUCCCCGUCCCCGUCCCGGGCCUCGCCGCUCGCGCCCAUCCGAGAGCCGCCCAACAGCAACUCCAACGCCGGUGCUACUGCCAGGCCGCCUCCUAAGCCGGUCGCUCUACCCGCGACGCCCAAGCCCAAGGAUGUCGACGUCGUCCCGCAGACGGAGAAAGCCGCCGUGCACCCGACUCCUGCUGCGGCUGAGACCAAGCACGGCAAGGCCGCCCAACACCACCACAAGGAGAAGGAGGCUGACAAGGACGAGCACAAGAGCAAGGACAAGAAGCACCACGCCGGCGAGGACGGCAAGCACAAGGACAAGGAGAAGAAGCACCACGCCGACGCCGGCGAGGAGAGCAAGCACAAGGAGAAGAAGCACCAUGCGGACGCCGGCGACGAGGGCAAGCACAAGGGGAAGGAGAAGGAGGCCAAGGCGGAGCACGGGAAGCUGCACGGCGAGCUCAAGGCCGACAUGGUGCGCAGGGCCACCGGCUCCGGGCACGGGCAGGGGGCGAGCGUGAUCACGCUGGCCGGGGAGAACAAGGGCGCGUCCAUGAAGGUGGGCGGCAAGGGCAAGGACGGCUCGUGGAAGGAGCACCACGGCGGCCACCGGCUGGACGGGAAGCCGGUGGACGGGCAGAAGAAGCAGGGGAUGAUGACGGCGCUGAUCAACAGCAACGUGCAGGUGAUCAACAACUCGCUGCUGCUGCACAGCUCAUGCAACGGUGGCGACCCCGGCGUGCACCUCAAGCUCUCCGCCAAGUCCGCCAACAAAGACAAGCAGAAGCAUGCCGCUGCAAAGAAAUGAGCGCCGUCGACGACUCAUCUGAGCCGUCCAGUUGUAACUAUAUUAUGCAAAUAAGAGCAAUUCUAACAGAUCAUGCCCCAAGGCUGAAACCACACCACAAUUGUUAUGAUUCCCAAGCUACUUUCUCCAGAAAAAGGUAUUGCAGUUUA